AUGCUCGCCCUACAGCAAAAGGCAGCCCUUGCGAAUGAAAAGCAGCUUUGCAGACCGGCCUCCGCUGCCAUCGUGGUCUCCAAUCUUUGCCUGCAGGUGCUAUGGGAUGCCUUAGGCAUCGAAGGCACUGGAUCCCAAUAUGAGUCUCUGAAGCCUUCCAAAGCUGAUGUGUUUAUCAGCCAUUCCUGGUCGUGUCCAACUUGGAUGAAAGGCCUCGCAGUGUGUCACUAUUUGAAUCUCGACAUGGCCGUUCUCUCAUCCUGCCUUGCGGCCAUGCUUGGGGUUUUGAUCCUCCUCUUCUUUUCAGGGGGCAGCUUUAGUGGUGUGGCACAGUUGGGUUGCGGCCUUGUUGGCGGCGCCUUAAUCGGCUGGCCGGUGACGGCGUUCCUGAUCGUCUACUUCUUUGGGCAUGUGGCAAUCCGCAAGAAAUUCUGGCUCGAUCGAGUCUGUGUGGAUCAAGAUGAGCAAGACCUGAAGUUGCAGAUUCUUCAAGCGCUUCCUGGCUUUGUGGCCCAGUCCACGCAAGUACUAGUUCUUUGGGAUGCCACCUACUUUGAAAGAUUGUGGUGCAAUUAUGAGCUUGCGGUGCACGCUAAGACGUGUACCUCCACAGACUCUACUCAGCUGGUACCUUUGUGGAUGCCUCUUUGGACUUUGGCCUGGUUUCUUGUUUCUACUCUGACCGCUGCUCUAUGCAUUGGACAGCAGAGUGUGCAGAUUGAUCUGGAGUCCAGAGCUUCCAUCUUUGCCUCUGAGUUUUAUUCUUACUACGUGCCGUCCUAUGUCUACUUUGUGUGCGCGCUGCCCUUCGCAUGGUUUUGCAUCCGGAAGCUUGAACAUCACAAGCUCAUGAUGGAUCAGAUGGCACAUUUCGACCUCAGGAAUGCAAAGUGUAAAGAGGAGGCUGACCGCAAACUUAUUGAAGAACAAGUCGUGCAGCUUUUUGAUGAGGCUCUUGACGCCCCCUUAGAGGUUUGCUUUUGUGACAUACCGCCCUCCAAGACGGAGCAUUGCACCAAUGACAAAAGACCGCUUGUUUCACCAGAGGACCUUCGCGACUUCCGUCACAUCACCAGCUACCCAACUCCUGAUCAAAUUGUUGAUCAGUUCAACUCUUAUGUGAGAGGCCCGCUGUGCGACCUCGUAGAGGUAGCGGUGGGGAAAGAGCAACACGUGUCUGCCAAGUUGUGUUUGGUUGGCAUGAUUCCCUUACUCCUUUCGGCCCUGGUCACAGUGCUGAGUUGCGACGGACGGUCUGACUGCCAAACAUCCGCGGACUAUGCAGGCUUGCAGUCGGUGUCACAAUAUAUGACCACGAAUGCAGUGAUGAACCUGGUAUUUAUGCCUUUGGUCACCAUGCUGGGCUUACCAUUGAUGCUUCGGGCCAACUCUCUGACUACUAGCUACAUUGAGGGCAGCUGGUUGCGGAUGCUUGUAGGGUCCGUUCUGAGCGGCUUGGUGCUGAAGGCGACGGAUGUCCUGUUGUACAUGCAACGUGGCAUGAUGCUGGUAGUCGUGACUCGAUUUUCGGCCUGGUGGCUGGUUGAGCUGAUGGCCAGUGUUUUGCUAGAGCUUGUGCUAUGGUCCCGGCUCCGCAGCCACGGCACGCCGCCGGUGGGGCGCUACGGCCACACGCUGUCGCUCUCGGAGGACGACGCCGUGGUCUUCGGAGGCUGGUGCGGCGCCACUAGCCAGGCGCCGAGCGUGACCUUCGCCUUGAAGGACAAGGUGCUAGCCGAAGAUGGCACUCAGAAGAAGGAGCCGGAAGACUCCUGUGACUAUUGCAUGACUCUGCGAACUGCGGACAUGCAGUGGGUGAGGAACCAAUAUGCGGGAGCCGCCCCUUCACGGCGCUACGGGCAUUCAGCCACGGCCAUUGGUCCGCACCUCAUCAUCUUCGGGGGCUGGGACGGCGGCAAGCCCUUGAACGACGUCAUAGUCCUGCGGGACCGCUCGGUGGCCGAGCGCAAGGAGGACCGAGACAGUGACAAGCUGCGCAUCGCAUCAGCCGCAGACAAUGCGCUGAUUAUUCCUGAGACCCUGUCAAUGGUAUCUCCGUGGAUGAAAAUGGAGCUCGUGAUGGAUGGCCGGGAGGUGGCGCUGCCGCCGGCCUUCGCCUCCGCGGCCAGUGGCAGACCCUUGCAAGGCGCCUCCCUUCCACAGAGCCGCUGCCGGGAUCGAAGAAGGGACCGCGAAUCCAUGGGCUUCGCUCGGAAGAUACAGUGCACCAGUUUCCGACAGUAUCCCAUCCUGGAACGCUUGGUGAAAGCUGCCACAGCCUCUGACCGCCCGGUCCCCCGGGCCCGGUCACCGAACGGGAGCCCUGAAUGCUCACCGGAGGUGCCGUGGUUGCCGCCUUCGGAGAAGACCUUCGACUCCCUGUCCACCGUGCAAUCCAUUGAGCUCCCGGACACAGCGUCGGAGGGCGAUGAGAGGUUCAGCCCCGGCCGGGGCCUCAACUGGGCGCAUGUUUGGCCUUCGGAGUUCGGAGGUCUACUCGUAGCAGUGGUGGCGCUGGCAGGAUUGCGCUGGCGCGGUGUCUUUGUGGGAGGCUGGCGGCCCUGCAGCAGCGUGCUAGCGAGGCGAGCCGAGCCCGAGGUCAGCCCGGAGGACAUCGAGGUCUGGGACCAGAGCUCCGAGGAGCUGUCCCUGGACACCCGGGAGCUGCUCAUCACGGACGCCAACAUCUACGUCGUGGGUCCUGACAUGGAUUCCUACCGGGAAGACAUCCAGGCGGUGGCAGAUCGGCUCAACUACACCCUCCGGGACUUCAACUACACUGACAUGCCCACGGCGUCAGAGUUGACCGGAAUGCUCGAGAAAGUGAUCGUGAUCCCUCCACUUACGAGCGUGACGCGUUUCCCUUGGAAGUUGGCAGUGCACGGCUUGGUGGUGUGGAUAGAUCCAGAUGGCUGGGAGCGAAGAGACGUCGUCCAGAAGGACAAGGUCUUGGUUGCAGAAAAGGGCCCUAUGUGCGCUUUGAUCCCCGCGGAGGUGCGGAAGAGGAAGUUCCCCAGGAAGAAGGCCAUCUUCGGCCCGGAGAAGCCCGGGCGCCGAAUCGAAGUCUGA